AUGCAGUCCCUGGCCAGACUCACCCACGUGAGAGAAGAGGCACGCUUGGACCACUGGUUCCUCAGCAACUUGGAAAUCUGUUCUCCAUUUUCUCUGGUCAUCUACAUCAGCUCGCUCCACGUCACAGACCGAGGGAGCUGGGCGCCUGCCGCGGGUCGGGCAGACCCGGGCUCCUCGGGGACGGAGGUUCGGGGUCCCCCUUCUCCGGCGGGCGCACCCCUUGGCGUCCAACUGCCGCUCCAACUGCCCGGGGCGCAACUGCAGAAGGCAGCGACGAGCCACAAAGCCCGGCCCGCCCUCCCGCCAGCCUCCAGCACGCCGAGAGCCGGGGCAGAGCCGCUGCGGGCCGGGAGACGAGGCCGCUCGGCUGCAGACGCGGGGGCCGUGCGGAGGAGGCUCCGCGGCCUGGGCCCGCAGAGGCCGCGGGGUCCGAGGGCGCGGCCGCGGGGAGCUGCACCCGCCGACACUUGCCCCCGCGGACGCCGCAACUUGCAGACAAACGCGCCGGCUCGCGGCUUGGGAGCGGAGGAGGGAGGCGCUCUGGCUCCCGCCGCGCCGCCCGAAGGGGCCGGUUCCCCGAAGCAGAACCGGGCCGGGCCGACGCCACGGGAAGCGCGAGGGGCGUCGGAACCGGCGGGGAAAGACCGGGCCGGCAGCCCCGCCACGCCGUGCCUCUCGCUCCCAAGCCGCCGCGCAGCGCCCCGCGCCGCCCUGGCCAGCUCCCCGCCGCCCGGGCCUCGGCCAGAGUCCAUCCGGGGCCCCCGUGCCGGACUCGCCGCCCGCCCGCGGGAGCCGGGAAAAGUGAACAAUGAAAGUUGCUUCCCGCGAAGCCGGGGGUCCCCGCCGAACCCCCGCGCAGAGUCCGCGCGCCCGGACCGGCAGGACGCGAGGCUGCGGCGCUCCGGGCUCGCCUCAGCGCACGCCGGCCCCGGGCUCUCGCUCAGCGACCCCCACUGGCGGGCCUCGGCGCCGCUCAGCGCCCCCGCCCGCGCCCCUGCCGGGCGCCCACCCCCGCCAGCAGCCAGCAGGGGCUACGCGCCCACACCUUCGACCCGCGCCGCUUUCUUCUCCACGGCCUCCGGCCCAAACCCGGGCCGCGCUCCGGCCGCCGCCCCCGGAGGACGCGGCCCCGACCCCCGCGCGCCCGCGGCGUCCAUCGGCAUCUGGGCGCGGGUUCGCCGCCCAGACCCACCCAUCCACCUGCAGCGGCGCCGCGAACCCCCAGCCCCCCGCGCGCCGGCUGCCGGCGGCGACCCGAGCCGCGGCCCGGCUGCUACUUCCCGGGGCCGAAAGUUGCCCCGCGCGCACCGCCGGCCCGAGACCCCCCUGUCUCCCACGCGCGCUGCCCCCGCUGGCGCGAGCCCCCCAAACGCGCCGCCCGCUCCUGCCCGAGUCCCCCGAGCACGCUGCCCGCGCCGGCCCGAGUCCCCCGAGCGCGCAGUCCGCUCCCGCCCGAGCCCCGGAGCGCGGUACACCCGCCGCCCGAGCCCCCGAGCGCAGUGCCCGUCCCGCCCGAGCCCCCCAGAGUCCACGAGCGCGCUGCCCCGCCGGCCGCACGCACCCGAGCUCCGCCGGCAGCCCGCGCCGCUCCGCUCCGUGCUUCCUCCGCGCUCUCCGCCGCCGCAGUGCCCGCGCGCUCUCCGGGCCGAGGGCCGCUCGCCGCCGCCCGCGGCCGUGGGCUGGCGGAGGAGGGACGGUCGCGAUCCCGAGCCUCGGGCCCCUCACCGUGCAGCCUGCCAAGGGGAGCGCGGCCGCGGGGUCUGCGCCGGGCCACCGCCGCCGCGCGCCGCCCGGCCGCCCCGGCUCCCCAUCGCCGCCGUGCCAGGCCCGCUCCGGCACCUCCUCGCGCCUCCCUCGCCGUCUCCUCCUCCCAAACCCGCGCACGGCGCGAGCAGCAGCGUCGGGUCGGGGAUGCCGGGCGAUCUCCGAGCGCCGCGCGGGGCGGGGUGCGCGGAGGGGGCGGCGCGGCGCGGCGGGCGGGGGCGCUCCCGCCCGGUGCCGGCCGCUGCAGGGCCCUGCCACCAGCGCUUCCCCGGGCGCAGGGAGGCGCGCUGCGCCUGCCAGUGUAGGCGAGCUUCCUGA